AUGAUGGACGCCGUCUUUUUGAACACAUCACGUAACAGUCCUUUAUUAAUUUAUCAAAGUUAUUCGUAUAUUAGAGAUGGGUCCUACAAAAAUAAAACCUAUUGGAAGUGUGAAAAAUCGAGAAAUCCCAAAAUAAAAUGUCAUGCACGAAUACACACCGACUCAGUCACGAAUGAAGUUUUAUUUGUAAGUGGAGAAAUACAUCAACAUGGUGAAAAUACAUCAGAGUUGGAAAUAAGGAAGUUUUACAAUGAUUUAAGACAAUGUUCAACAACUGAUGAGCUCUUGAGUGAUUUUGUAACCAGUUCUACGUCAAAAUUCUCUGUAGAAGCACGAGAAAAGUUAACAAAAAUCAAACAUAUCAAACAGUUGGUACAUUAUCAUCGGAAAAAGAAAACAAAAGAUUUUCCUUUGGAACAAAGCAAAACAUUGAAAGAUGAUAAGUUUUUGUAUUAUGAUUCGGGGGAAGAAUUAGAACACCGUCUAAUGAUAUUUAGUACAGACAAGAAGUUAAAUUUAUUGAAAGAUUCGUUGGAUUUUCAUAUGGACAGUAGCCAAAAAAGUGUGCCUGAUCUGUUUGCCAAAUUUUGUAUUUUAUAUGUCAAUCAUCAAGGCCAUUUUACUCCAGUUCUAUUCGCUCUAUUAGAGAAUAAAUCAUGUUAUGAUCUCCUUUUUAGACAGAUAUUAGUCUUGAUACCUAAUUGGAAUCCCUUACUGUUCAUAUCUGAUUUUGAGAGCGAGUCGAUUGGAUGUGUUAAAAAUAUAUUUCCUGAAAUUAACGUAUCAGGAUUACAUUUUCAUUACAAACAAGUUAUAAUGAGAGAGUUUGAAGCACGGAAAAAUGAAGCUCAACCGGAUGCAUCUGGUAACAUGCAUAAAUUUAUACAAUUAGCAUGUAUACCACGCCAAGAAGUGAUUGAAGGAUUUUGUCAACUCGAACUUGAAAAUAAAGCGUAUGUUCAGUUUCUUACUUACUUCCAUCAAACAUUUGUUAGUGCACAAGCAAUAUUUCCCAUUGAUUUUUGGAACAUUCAUGAUAGUCCUAUAGAUUCAUUAAAAACGUCAAAUGAUAUUGAAUACUGGCACGACUUUUUUCAAAAUAGCAUGAAUGACAAAGACUAUACUUCGUUGCAGCUGUUUACACAGAAAUUACAAGAACUCGAGCGUUUGUCAAAUACAACAUUUCCACAAGCCACCAAUGAAUUAUCUAAAUGA